UUCGAGCAUGUGUCCAUGUUGGUGAUUCUGCUCAACUGUGUGACUCUGGGGAUGUUCCAGCCCUGUGAAGACGUCACCUGCCAGUCAGAGUGGUGCCGCAUACUACAGGUACUGGACGACUGUAUCUUUGCUUUCUUUGCUGUGGAAAUGGUCAUCAAGAUGGUGGCUCUGGGAAUUUUUGGCUCCAACUGUUACCUUGGUGACAAGUGGAAUCAGCUCGACUUCGUCAUUGUCAUGGCAGGGGUGAUGGAGUAUUCUCUGGAUGGCCAUAAUGCCAGUCUGUCGGCCAUCCGUACCGUCCGGGUACUCAGGCCGCUGCGGGCCAUCAACAGAGUUCCAAGUAUGAGGAUCUUGGUGACACUGCUGUUGGACACCCUGCCCAUGUUAGGAAAUGUCCUCCUCCUCUGCUUCUUUGUCUUCUUCAUCUUCGGCAUUGUGGGAGUCCAACUGUGGGCGGGACUUCUGCGGAACCGCUGUUUCCUGGGAGAGGAUAUCAAAAAAAUGUACAACUUGUCCAUACAUCCUUACUACAUGUCCGAGGACGGCGAGGACAGUCCGUUCAUCUGCUCGGCUGCCCGCGAGAACGGGAUGCUGCGCUGCCACGAUGUGCCGCCCUACAGCGAAGGCGGGGCCGAGUGUUCACUGGCCGCUCCCUUCCAAAGUUCAGCUCUGAUUGGGUCGACCCCCACAGUGGGAGGGGCCAGUGUCAAUGGCUGCGUCAACUGGAACCAGUACUAUAACGUGUGUCGCCCCGGGGACAUCAACCCUCACAAGGGAGCCGUCAACUUUGACAAUAUUGGCUAUGCCUGGAUAGCCAUAUUCCAGGUCAUCACACUAGAAGGAUGGGUCGAUAUCAUGUACUAUGUCAUGGAUGCACACUCCUUCUACAAUUUUAUAUAUUUUAUACUGCUCAUUAUUGUGGGCUCUUUCUUCAUGAUCAACUUGUGCCUCGUGGUCAUCGCCACCCAGUUCUCGGAGACAAAGCAAAGGGAGAAUGCCCUGAUGAGGGAGCAGCGAGCGCGCUACAUGUCCAACGACUCCACGCUCGCCAGUUACAGCGAACCAGGCUCGUGCUAUGAGGAGAUGCUACGCUACAUCAGUCACCUUUAUCGCAAGUUAACACGCAGGCUGCAGAGGAUAUACUCUGGAUGGCACAGUAAACGGCGUAAAAAGGUGAAUCCUAAUGGAAGUGGUGGAGGCAGUAACGGCGGGGGUAAUGGACACGGCCACGGUUCCAGCAGAGGCUGCGGAGGUUUGGGCCCGAAUAGCGCGUUAUGGCUGAGGCCCAUUCAUAACCUUCUGCAACACCAUCAGCACCAGCACUGUCGCCUCAGCAACGGGGGCCAGCACACCAUCAGCGUGGGAACCGCCGAACACAUGGACGGAGAGGGGGGAGUUGGAGGAGGGGAGGAGCUGGAGAUGAAGUCGCUUCCCGUCCGGAGAGGAAGCACAAAUGGAAAUAACAGCGGAGGUGGCAGCAGCGGCAACCCAUCCGUCGUCACCCAUGGCAUGGGGGCAUUGCUCGGGCGGCUGAACGGGGGCAUGAACUAUCCAACCAUCCUGCCAUCUUUCGUGUGCAGCUACAGCAGUAAGACGCCGCCGCCUCACUCCCAGCAGUGCAGGCCCAGUCCAGAGCAGCACCCACCAAACCACCCAGCGUCUGAACACACAGAGACACUGAACAAGCUCUACCAGCUCAUGGGACAGCACAGUCGCCAGAGGCUGCUGUACCAGCUGGCAGGCGUGGUGCCCAGCCCUCUGCUCCUGGAGCUGCUCAGCUGCCCUCUGUGCGCGCGCAGCCUGGAGACCUUAGAGCUGGAACUGGGAGACCUGGAGGGAGGCAGAGGAGAGGCAGACGGACUGCACGACUUCCCCCAGGGGGGAGAUCUGAGAGGUGGAAGAGGUCGGAGCAGGCGGCGGGGGGUCGUGGAGUACAAAAAUGGAGUGGUACGGGCCUGGGUAGACUUCAGAGAAAAACUGAAGAGGAUUGUGGAGAGUAAAUACUUCAACCGUGGGAUCAUGAUCGCUAUCCUCGUCAAUACACUCAGCAUGGGGAUAGAGUACCAUGAGCAGCCCGAGGAGUUGACUGAUGUGUUAGAGAUCAGUAACAUUGUCUUCACCAGUAUGUUCGUCUUGGAGAUGGGCUUCAUGCUGCUGGCUUUCGGUUUGUUUGGAUACAUCAGGAAUCCGUACAACAUCUUUGACAGCAUCAUCGUUAUCAUCAGUGUGUGGGAAAUAAUCGGUCAGGCAGACGGUGGACUGUCAGUCCUGCGAACAUUUCGUCUGCUGCGUGUUCUGAAGCUGGUUCGCUUCCUGCCUGCCCUGAGAAGACAACUGGUAGUGCUGAUGAAGACCAUGGACAAUGUGGCCACCUUCUGCAUGCUGCUAAUGCUUUUCAUCUUCACUUUCAGUAUACUGGGUAUGCAUCUGUUUGGUUGUAAAUUCAGUCUGCAAAUGGAGAAUGGAGACACAAUCCCUGACCGCAAGAACUUUGACUCUUUACUCUGGGCCAUCGUCACUGUGUUCCAGAUCCUUACCCAGGAGGACUGGAACGUGGUGUUGUAUAAUGGCAUGGCAUCUACCUCUCCAUGGGCAGCUCUCUACUUUGUUGCUCUCAUGACAUUUGGCAACUAUGUGCUCUUCAAUUUACUAGUAGCCAUCUUGGUUGAGGGCUUCCAGGCUGAGGGUGAUGCUAAUCGAUCGGAGUCAGAUGAUGAGAAGAAAUCAGACAACUUUGAGGAGGAUGAGAAAGUAGAACAGCUCAGAGACACUGAGCUCAAGAUGUACUCUCUGAUGAUGACAGCCAAUGGUCAUGUUGACCCUCGCGGCUCCAUGGCUCCUCCUAUAAUCAUGCGAACGGCAGCCACACCCAUGCCCACUCCUAAGAGCUCUCUGGGGCCUGAGUCCAUCCUGGGGGAGGAGCUCAUGUACCGAGAGGGGAUGCCUCGAUAUGGCGAGGCGGGUCUGGGAUUUUCCGAAGCGGGCGUUGGUCAUGCAGAGUCUCGCCGUGGAAGCUCCACUUCCAUGGAGCCCUUAGCCUAUGACCAACAUUCUCUGAGCCUAUCAAGUCCCGGCCGGCGCUCCCCUCUUCCUCCCCGUGGGUCCGGCAGCUCGUGGGGAAGCCGCCGCUCCAGCUGGAACAGCCUGGGAAGAGCGCCGAGCCUCAAACGGCGAGACACCAGUGGCGAGAGGGAGAGCCUGCUGUCUGGGGAGGGAGGCGAGGAGGAAGAUAGCGUGGAGGACAAGGGGGAGGCUGGGGGGAACAACAGGUUGCGGCCAGGAUCCUUGGAGCUGCUGCAGGCAUCUACUCUCUUGCCUUCCAUAAUAGCGGAGUACGGUGACUGUAACGGGAGGACCCUGACUUACGACCCCAACGUGAACUCCGACCCCAAGGAUGACUCCUCACCUGAAGAUGACAUGGACGAUGAUAACUCUUUGUGCUACUGGAUAAAGAAAGAACUCCGUAAUAUGAAGCCCCGCUGGUGCAAAGAGCACGAAGACUCGUCGCUGUAUUUGUUCUCUCCAGAAAGCCCAUUCCGUGUGUGGUGCCAAAGUGUGAUCUCUCACAAACUGUUCGACCAUGUGGUUCUGGUUUUUAUCUUCCUCAACUGCAUCACCAUUGCUCUGGAGAGACCUGACAUACAGCCGCACAGCACGGAGCGAGUGUUUCUGAGUGUGUCCAACUACAUUUUCACUGUGAUCUUCCUUGCAGAAAUGGCCAUGAAGGUUGUGGCUCUCGGUUUCUGCUUUGGAAACCAGAGCUACCUCCAGUCCAGCUGGAAUGUUCUGGAUGGUUUGUUGGUGUUUGUGUCUCUGGUCGACAUUCUGGUCUCUCUGGCAUACACUGGCGGAAACAGGAUCCUGGGCAUCCUCAGAGUCCUACGCCUGCUACGAACACUACGCCCACUCAGGGUAAUCAGUCGAGCCCCGGGAUUGAAGCUGGUUGUGGAAACUCUCAUCACCUCUCUAAGACCCAUCGGGAACAUUGUCCUUAUAUGCUGCGCCUUCUUCAUCGUCUUUGGCAUCUUGGGGGUGCAGCUGUUCAAAGGGAAGUUCUACCACUGUGAAGGUCUGGACACAAAAAACAUCACCAACAAGUCAGACUGUCUGCAGGCAAAUUACCGCUGGAUUCGAAGGAAGUACAACUUUGACAACCUGGUCCAGGCCCUGAUGUCAUUGUUUGUCCUGUCGUGUAAGGACGGCUGGGUCAACAUCAUGUAUGAUGGGCUGGAUGCAGUGGGAGUGGACCAACAGCCUGUGAGAAACCACAACCCUUGGAUGCUGCUCUACUUCAUCUCCUUCCUGCUCAUCGUCAGUUUCUUCGUCCUCAACAUGUUUGUCGGUGUUGUGGUGGAGAACUUCCACAAGUGCCGGCAGGACCAAGAGGAGGAGGAGGCCCGCUUACGGGAAGAGAAGAGGCUCAAAAUGAUAGAGAAAAAGCGCAGGAGUAAGGAGAAUGGAGGGGCUGAGGCCAAACAGAGGCCUUACUACGCAGACUACUCUCCCCUGCGUCUGUCCAUCCACACACUGUGUACCAGCCACUACCUGGACCUCUUCAUCACCUUUAUCAUCUGCAUUAAUGUCUUCACCAUGAGCAUUGAGCACUACAAUCAACCGCAGUAUUUAGAGGAGGUUCUGAAGUACUGUAACUACGUGUUUACCAUCAUCUUCAUCAUUGAGGCCCUGCUCAAACUUGUGGCGUUUGGCAUACACAGGUUCUUCAAAGACAGGUGGAAUCAGCUGGAUGUAGCUAUAGUGGCAUUGUCCAUCAUGGGCAUCACCCUGGAGGAGCUGAAAAUGAACGCAGCAUUGCCCAUAAACCCUACCAUCAUCAGAAUCAUGAGAGUACUCAGAAUAGCACGAGUGCUAAAACUUCUGAAGAUGGCCACGGGGAUGAGAGCUCUGCUGGAUACUGUCAUGCAAGCGCUGCCACAGGUGGGAAAUCUCGGUCUCCUCUUCAUGCUGCUCUUCUUCAUCUAUGCUGCGCUGGGAGUGGAGCUCUUUGGCAAAUUGGAGUGCAAUGAGAACAACCCGUGUGAGGGCCUGAGUCGUCACGCAACUUUCGAAAAUUUUGGGAUGGCCUUCCUCACGCUGUUUCGAGUGUCCACUGGAGACAACUGGAAUGGGAUUAUGAAAGACACAUUAAGGGAGUGUCAUCCAGACGACCGACACUGUCUCUCUUACCUGCCCUGGGUCUCUCCAAUUUACUUUGUCACCUUUGUGCUCAUGGCCCAGUUUGUGUUGGUCAAUGUGGUGGUGGCUGUCUUGAUGAAACAUCUAGAGGAAAGCAACAAGGAGGCUAAAGAGGAUGCAGAGAUGGAUGCAGAGAUUGCCUUGGAAAUGGCUAUGGAGAGGCAACGCAGAUUAAGCACAACCUCCAACAACAGCUCAGUGGGAGGAACCUAUGUUGGGCCAUGUCCAAAUUCACCUGGACAGGAAGAAGAGGUCCAGUACGAAGACCAAGACAUGCUGUCGACAAGGAAGAUGUCCGUAUCCAGAAUGCACUCUCUGCCUAAUGACAGCUACAUGUUCCGACCUGUACGGCCUGCCAGCGCCCCCUACCCUCUGGAUGAGGUAGAUCUCAGCCCCCAGCACCAGCAUUCAGGCUCGGUGACGUCGGUCCACUCCCAGCCAUGUGAGAGUCGCGCUCUGCUGCAGGUACCAGACGUGUCCCCCAUUCACCCUCGGUCACCUCCCACCCUCACCCUGCCACGCAUCGCCCCGCCCACGCCCAGCCCCUCCCCACAUCCCCUGCGCAGACAGGUGGCAGUUAAAGUGGAUUCAGUGGAGUCCCAGGGUUGUGAGCAACAGGAGAGGCCAAACCCUGUCCACCUGCCUCCCCCAUCCCCUUCUUCCCUCUCUCCUCAUGCCGCCUCCCCAUCUCCCCUUCCUCCUCCUCCUCCUUCCUCCCCCUCAGCUUUCCCCCUCCCACCCUGCUCCCCCUCUGCCUUCCCACUCCCUCCCCCCUCUCCCUCCCCUCUGCCUCCUCUGCUGUCUUCCCCUUCCUCUCUCCCUCCUCCGCCAUCUUCCCCCUCACUCCUUCUCCCUCCACCUCCCUCGCCACGUCUCCCCCUGCGUCCCCCCAGCCUCCGGAGACCCAGACCGCCCUCUGCUGCCUCCCUCUGUGACCCUGCUGACGAGGAGGUGUAUCACAUCACAAGCUCGGCCCGCCACAGGUGGAGAGAUGAGGAGGGAGGCGGGCAGGAGAGCAGGGGGAAGGUCAGCCGCAGCCACUCCCUCUCCCCUUACACUUCCCCGCACUCUCUCGACUCCUCCCCUCCUCCUCCCCCGCUACUACCUUCCUGCUCAAGGAGCACGCUCAGUCUGCUUGUGGCAGGAUUGAAGGACCGUGACUACAGAAAAGGCUUUAGCGUCGACAACCAGGGCUUCCUGGACAAGCCGUCAUCGUUGUCUGUUGGUUACCCUGACGACCAUCGCCGCCACUCCAUCGAAGUCUGCCUCCCACAGGAUGUCAUCACCAGUGACAACCAACACUUUAGACAGGAGACCCACCGGUCAGAAAAGGGUGGUCAGGCAUUUCCAGUGAGGGUGCAGUCAGUCGGUGGCGGCCACAGAAAGAAGAAGAUGAGUCCUCCCUGUAUAUCCAUCCACCCGCCUUCAGAGAGGGAACACCCCCAAAUCGCCUCACCCCCAAAACUUGCUGACUGCAGCAUGAUGCUUAGACGCAGGACACCCUCUUAUGACUUGACCCCUCACACACAGUCAAACACGCACAUGCAAGAUGUCUCAGCAGACACACAGAUGCGCGUGCAGAUGCACUCCCCAGUGCACGCGGUGCUAACACCUAUCCACGUACCGCUGCAAGCACACUCGCCGACUCACACACUAACGCCCUCGCGGGGCUCUACGCCGACACACACCCAGACGUACACUCCACCGCACCCAUCCACACCUACGCAUCCACACAUCCCCAUCAGCCCAAACAUCUUCAUCCAGCCUCAUGCACCUCUCGUUCCAAACGCUAUGCCUUUCUCGCAGACACACUCCCUCUCCCCUGCUGCAAGGCACUCCUCUCUUACAGGGGACUACAUCCCCCUCCCCCAGUUCACCUUUGACCAACCACAGUCUAGAUAUAUGAGCGGCCUGUCAGCUGGCCUAUCAGACACUGACACAGCCACCUGCUCUUCCCCUUUCGACAACAGACUGGGAAGCAGUGCGGGAUUCAGUGCAAAGAACCGGAGGACGGCCCAAUGAACAUUGAGCAUUGCCUUCAGAAAAGAUGAUAAUUUGGUCCAGAAUCUCUGAAGCUGGAGUAGUGGGGCCUCGGCUGACCUCAGCAGAGAUUGGUGCUGGGGGGAAGAAUGAGAGAAAGAAGUUUACUGGGAGAGGGACUUUUUUGUUGCUUUUGUUUUGAUGAAUACUGAAAAGACAUUGAUUACUCUUUCCAGAGAGACACUGGUACAGUCCCAUCCUAGAAUAAUAUACAGUGGAUCCAUUUUCCCGAACCCAUCGCGAAGGACAGCAGAUCCACCGAGGCCAUACCAGUCAAACAGUUCCAACUGUACAUGGUGUGUUCGGACUAAUACUAAUAACACACCGGGACUAAAAGCCACCUAACUCCGUAGCCAAAGUUUUUUUGACACACUGUCCCUACCCACGCAAGCCAAUCAGGAAGCAGCGUCUGGCUGAUAACCUCUGACCUUUACAGGAAGCGGUUUGUGAAAUGCGAGCGUGGGGGGAAUUGUGGGAUAUGCAACUUCAGGUUUUCUACAGAAGUUCUACUUGCCCCUCCUCUGCUCCUCGAUCACAUUGAUCAGAGCAGAAGCGUGAGUGUGAGUGAGCGUGUGUGCGUUUUCCUAUGUGCGAGUAUUGUCAAAAUCUGUUGUCAUGGAAGUCGGCCAUGUAAUUCUUGACGCCUGCGAUGACAGAGAGGGGGAGCAGGGCAGAGCUGUAGUGUACGUUUAUCUGUGUAUCUGUGCAGUGUAAAUAAAGGAAAAUACUGUAUUUGGUGAGAUUAAAAAUAGCUCUAUCCAUAUGCACAUAUUUUUAUAGAAAUCUAAAAUGUUUUUUGCACACAAAUUUGAAUUUCAAGUUGCUUGUUUUAUCCUCUGUUGUCCUCUUGUGAAUGUAUGUUUCUUUUUAAAACGGAGAGAACGGUGAAGGAGAUCAACCCUCCUCACAACAUACUAGCUGGGGUUGAAGAGUGGGAUUUUAUUUUUCUAUUUUGGAAAAGAGAAAGAAGAGAACAGGGGUGUGAUGUGUUUCUGUAGCUUUGUCUCAGAUUUCUAUGUAACUGGUGUCCAAAUAACAGUCUUUAGAAGUGGGCUCAGUGAUGCAGGACAAAUUCAUUUAAGAUAUUUCUCCACACACAGAGAUUACAGUUUUUUAAAGCGUGUAAAGGUGUUGGGGGUUAAUAGCUACACCUGCGUUCUGUCUCUCUACAAAUUUAAAUCCAAAUUAAAAGAAUCAGAAUGGGUUUUACCACUGAAGAGUGUUUAUAAAUGAGUCAAUUGUAUGCAACACAGACAGAAAUGACUACACUUUGUUUUUUAUUAAUCCAGAUAAAUCAUAAAAUAACAACUUGCAGGUGGCUAAAUAUCCCUGUAGGCUGUCAGCUGUGAGAAAAUAUACACCAUGAACAAAAUCGAGUAUUAUUCUCAUAAUAAAAACAUGACAUGUCAUCACUGAGCCUCUCUUCUACAACUGUUUUCAAGCUGAAUCAGCUCUGACACCAUUUAGUGUUUCUGUACAUCUAAAGACAACCAAACUAACUAACUUACUAAAUAUGUGUAGCCAGAGUGCAAUAAUAAUAUAUACUUGUGGAAAAUAUAGUGACAUCUACACUAUAUAAAACAACCACACUCUUGUGUUCGUACAUACUGUAGAAUUACUAUAUAUGAUAUAAACCCAUUUUUAUAUGAUGAUUGAGAGUGCUUCUAUCUCUAGUGUUCAUGCUACUAUAGGUUACUUGGCCCCUGCGUGUAGCUGCAGUGGCAUGAGUGUAGCUGGCCAGCAGUGUAAGGUGCUGUAGAUUUUUCCAAAAGCUCAGGCCUACCUGCUGAUGGUGUUAUUGUAAGCAGAAGAGUGACAUGCAUCCCUGCUGAGGACUUAAUAAGCCAUUCAUCACUCCUUUUCUUUUUAAAUCCAUAACAACCCAAACUUCAAACACAUCAGGUCAUCAUAUUUGUUAAGCACACAUGAGUUGUGGUAAAUUAACCUAUCCAUAGAUGAAAUCAUGCAACCUCCUAAGGUGUGAAUGACUAAGUAUGGCAAGCAUUUUCCUUCCAGUGGCUGAACGUUCUGUGACGAAGCCAUACUCUUUACUCCAGCACAGCACAAUAUGUAUUUCUUCUGUUUGUGCACAGUCUUGGUUUGGCACAGGCACACUAGAAGCAUGCAUGUAAGCUGCUUGGUACUGAUUCCUCUUUCAAAGGCAGCUGACUGGGAUGACGACGUCUUCAUGUUUAUUUAUUUUUUCUAUAUUCUGUCUGAUCAGCAUGUAACAUGCACAAGUCCUCAGUAAUCUGAGUGAAAACCAAAGUGCUUUGAUGCUGUAACAUCACUUCAGGUUCAGUUUCUCAUAUUUGUGCAGAAGUGAAAAUGAUUUAUCUCUAUAGCUAUUGCCAAUCACACCAGUCAAAUUUAAAGUAUUUGUGACUGAUUAACUGGGGGUCACAAAGCAAAGGGUCUUUGCUGGUUGGUAAAAAGUCAGUGGACAGAUGACUUUUAUUUUUAUUUUUCAGACACACAGUUGGUCUUAAAUCCACUAAAAUGGGCAUCAAAAGGCCAAAGGAGUUUGCUGAGACCUGGACAGACCAUUGUAAGAAUAAGAUCAAUGAUGAAAAGAGGUUCAGAUUAUUCUUAAUUAUUAUCAUCAGUUCAUUCUCCUUCUACACUCUCAUUAGCUUUACAUUUCCCAAGCAGUAUGCAUGUAGAGGGCAAAAGUUUUAGAUAAUAUAUAAGGGGAAACAAGCAAAAGAAAAUAAAGAAAUUAUUGUAUGAUAGCUUCAUUUUGCCACAAGUCAACACCUUUGAUCUUUGUGUGCUACAGCGCAGCUCUGUGAUUGGUUGUCAUCCUUUGGAUAGAGCCACAUUCAGUAGUAUAGUGCUGCUGCUCUGAGUUCAGGUGAAAGUGAGACAAAAAUAAGUUAAAUAAUGUUAGUUAGAUAAUGUUAGAUGUUGGCAUCUCGCAAAGACGUGACUGAAAAAGCUCUCGGACAAUGAAGUUGAAAACAUUGCUGCUGAUGAACGCAGCUGUUGGCUUGUUCAUCCAUUGAUAGCACUCUUCUUCCAGUUCUGACACACAGAGGCACAUCUGAUGUUGGAGUCGGAGAUGUUGUACUCCCUCCUGAACAUGGCACAGUUGGUUUUCCCCUGGUUUAGAAACCACUUUUUUAAAUACAGUAUGUGCUUGAACACACUGUUAUCGUGCAACUGCUUUGUCCUGUUUCAUGUCCUCUUCCUGCACAGAUGGUCAGUAAUGGGAGGUUUUAAGUAGUCUGAAGACAGCCUCUUUCUGUCUCAUUCUCAUUUGACUUAGUGCAGACAACCCCCCGAUCUACAGCAUAUUGCCAUAAUAAUCAACACAGUUUGGUAGAGUGACUGCAUAAUUGUUCUUACGAUUUACAGAUCUUUCGAUCUCAGUAUUUAAAUCCUGUUUUUGAGGAAACAGUUUUGACUAUUGCAUGUUCUGAUUUAAGAAAAAAAAACUUUUGGGAAAGAAUCAUCUGGAUGUUUUAGAGAUUUUGAUAUUUGCAUUUUCAGAUGUUUCCAUUUGUAGAUUGACUACCUAAUUGCACUGGGCUCUGAUUAAUUGGUAUCUGAUAAAAUACUGAUUAAAUGACCCCAUUCUUUAUUGUCCAAUGCAAUACUGGGUGGUUAUUUACUGUAUGAGGACUGAGCUCCUCUUUAUACAGUUUUAUAGAGAGUAAUGGAGACCUAGUUGGUUCUGUUUUGUUUGGAACCAAUGUUAUUUAAUGUUGAGGUGAACCUUUUUUCACAUACUCUAAACAUGGUCGAACUCUGGUGAUGGUGAAACUAAUUAACUGAUGUAUAUUUUAUGUAGGAGUAGCCUUGGCCCUGAAGCUCUGUAACAAACAGAUCAGGGUAGUAAUAAGUUGUGUUUUCUGGGUUGACACUAAGCUGGUCCUGGCCUCGCAGUGAAGCCAAUCACGCUCCUGACAACAUGACAUGAGUGUCACCACAACAGCAGACUCCAGUAUGUUCAAACUGUGAUAGAACUUGACUUUGAUGAAUCAGAAGCCUUGUGUCUUUCUUUCUUUCUUUCUUUCUUUCUUUCUUUCUUCCUUUCUUUCUUUUUUUUAUAACCCUUCAGUGAUUGGCCCAGACACUCCACCCCCCCACUCCCAAACCCCCCAAGCCUUACAAGGAGGGGAGGAGGUGUGUUCUGUUUGUCAGAGAAGAGCCAACGUGUCUGCAAUAAUAAGCCCUCCGUUAUUCCCCCCAUAACAGAGGGAGAAGGGAGGGGACAGGGGAGGUGUUUAAAGGCUCGACACACAGUCAGACUCUCUACAUUGUAUCGUUGCUGAUUAUUGUGUGAUGACCAACCGUUGUCCUGAAGGAUGUUUCCCUGUCAAUUAAAAAAUACAAGAUUUUUUUAUUCCUGA